AUGGCUGACGAUUGUUAUUCACAACCAUUAGAUAUUAAAUCUUCAACUGUUCUUAUUACAGGUGGUUCAGGUGGUAUUGGUCUUGGUCUUGCACGAUGUUUUGUUCAAGCAAAUGCAACUGUUAUAAUAACAGGUCGUCGUGAACAACAACUAAAAGAAGCUGUUGAAGAAUUAAAUCGUCUUGGAAAGAAAAAAGUAAUCUCUUUUACAAAUGAUGUUGGACAAGUUAAAGAUAGACAAGCUUUAUAUGAAUGGAUAACUCGUGAACAUCCUGAAACAAAUGUUCUUAUUAAUAAUGCUGGUAUUCAACAUCGUGCGCCAUUGACUCCAAAUGAAGACUCAUCCAAGAAUUUAUCUUGGGAAGAACGAGAAAAAGAAAUUCAAAUAAAUGUAUGUGCACCAAUGCAUUUAUGUCAAUUAUUUAUACCACAUUUUCGUCAAAUGAAAGUUACGACAGCUAUUAUGAAUGUAUCAUCCGGUUUAGCUUUUGUACCAUUAGCAACAGCACCUAUUUAUUCAGCAACAAAAGCAGCGAUACAUUCAUUUACAAUGAGUCUUCGUUAUGAAUUAAAAGAUGAAAUGAAAAAUAUUCAAGUUUAUGAAAUAGUACCACCAGCUGUACAAACAAAUCUUGGUGGUAGUCACGCAUUUGGUGAACCACUCGAUGAAUAUUGUCAAGCAACAUUUGCUGGUUUAGUAAAAGGACAACAAGAAGUUGGUUAUAAAUUUUCUGACGAUGCCAGAAAAAUGGGAUCACGUGAAGAAACUGAUAAACACUUUACAAAGCUCAAUGAUACUAUGAAGAAAAUGUUUCAAAAUCAAAAACAUUAA